AUGCAAAUAUACAAAGAACAGAUAAACUUACUGGCCAUUGCAAAUCGGACUCAUCGUGUAAAUCCUAUGUCAACCUUUGCCUCAUUGUCAUCGAAAUACUUGCAGCGUUCACAAACUCCAGGAUUUACACCCCAGAACCCAUCGUCGCCUCUCAUAUCACAUCGAACUGUAACGAUGCCGACCACAAUAAAAGCACCUGUGGUGUGGAUAAACGGCUUCCCAGGUACUGGCAAGAAAACCAUCGCCGACGCUAUGAAGCAACUCGAUCCCAACAUCCUAGUGCUAGACAACCACAAGUUGAUCGACCCCGUAGCAGCAGUAAUCUCCAGAGAUCACCCAGAAUACAACACCCAACGAAAACAAUACCGUCAGACCAUUUUACAAAGACACGUACUCCAUCCCUCCAGCCACGAUCACCUCGUCGUCUUCACAGACUUUCAAUCGGACAACGAGCUGGGUCAAAGUGUGGCACAAGAGUACGCAAACGCUGCAAGUUAUGCAGGCCGCCCCUUUCUUCCUGUAUACUUGACUUGCGGUCUUGAGGCAAACAUUGAACGGGUGGACCACGCGGAGCGGGUGGCGAGUGGAACCACGAAGUUACUCGAUCAGUGUCUUUUGCGAGAUAUGAAGGGGCGUUGUGAGCUGUUUAAGUUUCAGGGGUAUCCGGGCUUGAUGAUCGAUUCAACGGAGAAAACGGCUUUGGAGAAUGCCAAAAAGAUUCUUGGUACGGUGGAGGGAUGGCGAGAUGCAGAUUGA